AUGGGCACCAGCGACGUUCGGUCCAUGGCAGAUGAUACCGUGGCCCACCAGUUGGCCACGGUGCUGCCUUCUGAUGGACGACCGUGGUAUCGAAAGGGCCAUCUCGUGCGCCUCAACGUCCACGUCUUAUCCCUCAUUAUGCUGUGCUCCGCCAACGGUUACGAUGGUACCUUGAUGAACGGCCUCCAAGCGCUGCCGCGGUGGAACGAGUUCAUGGGUAUGCCGGCGGGCGCGUGGCUCGGUUUCAUCAACGCAGUCUAUUGGAUCUCCAAUGGCGUGUCCUUCGCCGCCUCCGCCUGGAUCUCAAACAAAUAUGGCCGCAAGCCUGGCAUCUACAUUGGAUACGUGUUCCUCGUUGCCGGUAUCAUCCUCCAGACCGCGGCAAACAACGAGGGCGCCUUUAUUGCCGCCCGUGCCCUGGUCGGUUCGGCGUCUGGGUGGUACACCAGUGGCGCCCCUAUCCUAAUCAACGAGAUUGCUUUUCCCACUCAUCGGCCUAUUGCGGCAGCCUGUUAUCAAUGUGGCUUCUACCUCGGCAGCUUGAUCUCUGCAUGGGUCACCUUUGCAACCAGGGAUUACGGUACCUCGUGGGACUGGCGUCUUCCAUCUCUCCUCCAGAUUCUGCUCCCAGCGCUCGCCCUGCCCGGCAUCAUCAUGGCCCCCGAGUCUCCCAGGUGGCUUGCCUCUGUGGACCGCGUCGAGGACGCGAAACAAUUUAUUCUUGAGCACCACGCCGGCGGCGACAUCGACUCGCCCCUCGUCAGCUUCGAGACGGAAGAAAUCAUCAACACCAUCAAGGCAGAGCAGGAAGCCUAUGCUAGCACAAGCUAUGCCGACCUGGUUAAGACAAAGGGCAACAGGUGGCGGCUGCUCAUCUCCGUCACUCUGGGCAUCUUCAGCCAGUGGAGCGGCAACGGCGUUGUCUCGUACUACCUCGCUCUCGUCCUGCAGACGGUAGGGAUCACCAGCGUUACGCACCAGACGCUCAUCUCUGCGCUACUCCAGGUGUGGAACCUGAUCUGGGCAGUCGCGGCGUCGGUCUCUGUCGAGAGGCUGGGACGCCGGCCGCUGUUCCUCAGCUCCGCCGUUAUUAUGCUCGUCAGCUAUAUUGUUAUCACGGGCCUAUCGGGGUCCUUUGCAAAUACUGGCAACGCCCCCGUCGGCAUUGCCGUCAUCCCUUUUCUCUUCAUCUUCUUCCUGGGUUAUGACAUUGCUCUCACCCCUCUCGUCGUCUCGUACCCGGUCGAGAUCUGGCCCUACCGCCUCCGCUCCCGGGGCUUUACCGCCUCGUGGGUCUCGGGCAUCUGCGCCGCCGUCUUCAACAUGUUUGUCAACCCGAUCGCCCUGCAGAGCAUCGGCUGGAAGUACUACUUUGUCUUCAUCGUCUUCCUCGUCGCCUUCCUCCUGACGGCCUACUUCUGCUACCCGGAGACCCGCGGCCGCACCCUCGAGCAGAUGGCCUUCAUCUUUGAUGGCGACGACGCCGCCGCCGCCGCCGAACUGCUGCCCGCAGAGAGCAAGACCGGCUCGGUUCCCGAGGAGGAGAAGCAGAAGCUGGAGAAGAGUGGUUGA